AAUGGAUGUGAUUAUAAACUUGGAAAAGAGAUAAGUUGCUUUUUUAAAUUUUCAAUUUCAAUUUAUACAUAUUUCACAGAAUUGUGGAGUUGUUCAUUUUUAAAGGGACCUCUGGAGAUCAUCCAGUCCAAGGCACGGUCACCUGGAGCGGGUAACACAGGAACACGUCCAGACUAACCAGGGUAGUCCUGCAGUCUCUCCUCACAAGAGGUGCUUCAGACCCCUCUCCCUUGGUGCCUCCACUGGAACCUCUCCAAAAGCAACUCCUUUGUCCUUCUUGUGGAGUGACUCUUCUUGAACUGAUGCAUUCACUACGUUUGGAAGCUGUACAGCCAUCAGCUUCUUAGCUGCUCUACUUCCUGAUACUGAAGAGUCUAAGACCUUUGGUAAGAGAACAUGACUGUGUUAAACACUAAAACUUGUUUCUGAAGGGCUGUGCCUCAGAAUGUCCUGUCUCUGACAAAAAGGAUGCUGGAGAGAAGGCUUGUAGAUGACCCUGAGUGCUGGAGUACCUGGAGUUCUGACUUGUCUGUCUGUAAGUUCAUGUAGACUGUUCAAAAUGAAUGAACAUCCUAAAAAGAGGAAAAGGAAGACUCUGCAUCCUUCUCGUUACUCAGAUUCUUCAGGUGCAAGCAGAUACAUAGACAACAGUGGAAUUUUUUCUGACCACUGCUAUAGCGUCUGUUCCAUGAGACAGCCAGAUAUAAACAGAGGUAGAUUCCACAGUCCUGUGCAGAGCCUGGACACAGAUGAUGACGGGAGUCCGGUGCAUGCCGGGAGCUCUCACUGGAGCGGGGCACACUCAAACGUUGGCAUGCACUGUGCAGACCCUAAAAAGAAGGAUAAAGAUAAAGGUACUAACAAUGGCAUGUGCAGAGACUUAUGUGACUCACCUAUAUUCAGUGAUAGCCCCACAGAAGAAGAAAAACCUCUAGAUAUCCAAACUGUAGAAAUUUCUACAACAGAAGUUAAUGCUGUAGAAGUUCACGAUAUAGAAACACAGACUGUGUCACCUGAGAAGCUGGAAGCUGAGGAUCUUGAGGAAAUCCCUCUGGAGACCUGUAAAAUCUUUGAGAAGAACCAGGCUUUGAAUAUCACAGCUCAACAGAAAUGGCCCUUGCUGAGAGCCAACAGCAGCGGCUUGUACAAGUGUGAGCUGUGUGAGUUCAACAGCAAGUACUUCUCUGAUCUGAAGCAGCACAUGAUCCUGAAGCAUAAGACGUGUACAGACACUCACGUCUGUAAAGUUUGUAAAGAAAGUUUCUCCAGCAAAGUGCAGCUCAUCGAACAUGUAAAACUACACGAGGAGGAUCCAUACAUCUGUAAAUACUGUGAUUACAAAACGGUGAUAUUUGAGAAUCUGAGUCAGCACAUAGCAGACACUCACUUCAACGACCACCUUUACUGGUGCGAGCAGUGUGAUGUGCAGUUCUCCUCCAGCAGCGAGCUGUACCUGCACUUCCAGGAGCACAGCUGUGAUGAGCAGUACCUGUGUCAGUUCUGUGAGCACGAGACAAACGACCCCGAGGAUCUGCACAGCCACGUGGUGAACGAGCACGCGUGCCGGCUCAUCGAGCUGAGCGACAGCUACAACAACAAGGAGCGUGGCCAGUACAGCCUCAUCAACAAAAUCAGUUUUGACAAAUGCAAAAACUUCUUUGUGUGCCAGGUGUGUGGCUUUAGGAGCAGGCUGCAUACAAAUGUCAACAGGCACGUAGCUAUUGAGCACACCAAAAUAUUCCCUCAUGUUUGUGAUGACUGUGGGAAGGGAUUUUCAGGUAUGUUGGAAUACUGCAAGCACCUAAGCUCUCAUUUAUCUGAAGGGAUUUAUUUAUGUCAAUACUGUGAAUAUUCAACGGGACAGAUUGAAGACCUUAAAACUCAUUUGGAUUUCCGGCAUUCAGCAGAUUUGCCUCAUAAAUGUACUGAUUGUUUAAUGAGAUUUGGGAAUGAAAAAGAUCUUUUAAGUCAUCUUCAGAUACAUGAGACAGUGUGAUUGCUUUCUUUCCCCAUAAUCAGUUUGUUAGAAUUGGAAUUACUUUCCAGUCACUGGAAUGUGAUAUUAAAUACAAUUUUUAACAGUAA